AUGAAGAACACGAAAAAAAGAGUGCGUCGUUCGAACUUGCCGGCCACCCCAAUUUUUCUCCGUUUGGCCAGGACUGGACCUUCUCAAGAGCCCCACACUCGACCCGAUUAUGAAUGCCGGAUUCGGGUACUUGAGCUGGGCCGGCUCCAAUAUGAUGGGACCGGCUUCGAUGUCGUUUCCAUCGAAGAAGAACGGCCUUUCGAAUUGGAAUUCGGAAAAUAG